UUGUAAUAUAUAUCUGUUCCAAAAAUUUAUAAAUCUAAGUUAAUAUAAUUCUAUCUAAAAUUGAAAGCUUUUAAUUAAUAGAUUAGAUUAAUAUGCCACCUGUUAUCCAAAAUGCACCUGUGAGUCGAAAAGACCCAGAUAAAGGAAAAGAAGGUUUUGUAUGCAAUGUCAAGUACACAAAUGUUUUGCCAGAUAUUCCUUUUGAUGGGAAAUUCAUCUCUUACCCUUUUGAAGCAAAUAGGUUUAUUGAAUACAAGCCAACAUCAUUGGAGAGAAACUACAAAAAUGAACUGCUUACAGAGCCAGACCUUGGUGUUUCUAUUGACUUGAUCAAUCCAGAAACAUACGAUAUUGAUAUGAAUGUUGAGUUAGAUCCAGAAGAUGAAAAGUUAUUAGAAGAAGACCAUAUUCCACAAGCAGAUCAAAAACGACACCAGCAGCACACCAAGACAGUAUCUUGGCUUCGUAAAACUGAGUAUAUAUCAACUGAGUAUAAUCGAUUUCAAACAAGCAGUGAAAUGGCAGAAACAAAAGUUGGAUAUUCAUCUAAGAAACAAUCUAAACUUGAUAUUGAUCUUUAUAAGGAUAGAGAAUCACAAAUUGAAGCAAUUGAAGCAAGUUUUGAAGCUGCAAAAAAACCAAUUACAUGUCAUGACACAAAUGCUAGGAUAAAACCUGUUGAAAUUUUACCUGUUUUUCCAGAUUUUCAAUUUUGGCAUAUGCCAUGUGCACAUGUUAUUUUUGACACUGAGCCAACACCCCGUGGAAAAACAGUUCCUGCAACUGUUGAACAAAUGUCACUAGGAAUGAUUAGAGGAAUGGAAGAUGAAAGUGGCGAUCAAUUUGUGGCUUAUUUUCUUCCUUCUGAUUUGACACUAAAGAAGAAAAAACAGGAAUUAGACAAUAAUGAGCAACCUAACCCAGAUGAAGAGUAUGAAUAUAAACUAGCUCGUGAAUAUAAUUGGAAUGUCAAAAAUAAAGCUAUUAAAGGAUUUGAGGAAAACUACUUUUUCGUAUUUCGUGAGAAUGAAGGUGUUUUUUACAAUGAGUUGCAAACAAGAGUACGUUUAAAUAAAAGAAGAGGUAGAGGUGGAGCUGGUGGUAUAUCCUCCUCUGUAUCAAAGUUAAUUGUUAAAAACCGUGAACCAACUGAAAAUGAAGUAAGACUUCAGAAUGCACGUUUAGUACAACUAGAAAAUCUAGCGCCUGACGAUGACGAUGAAGAAGUUGCAGAAGAAGAGCAAGCUGAGGAUAACAAAAACGAACAGUCAAAGCAACCCGAAAAAACAUCGAGCGAGCAACCAUCUAAAGAGGAAAACAACUCUGAUUCAGCAAGCGAUUUGUUUGGCUCAAGCUCAAGUGAAGACGAAGAUUAAGAAACACGAAAUAUAUUUAUUUAAUAGAUUACUUUGAUUUAAA